UGGUUUUUGAAGUUGUUUACGUUCCAUCGAAUGACGCAUCCAGUAUUUAUGCUCUCAAAAGUCAAUACAAAUAGUUUAUAUCCAUUGAGUUUGUAAUUGUAGUAUUAAAUUCACUUGAGCGUGAGGAUUUAAUGAUUAGAUAUCACACGAGGAUACAUUUUUUUUUUCCCUCCAAUUUAAAAAAUAUGAGGUUAUGAAUGCUGCAACUGUCAAGCCUCCGAAAUUCGAAUAUUAGUUUAUAAUUUGGUGUAAUAAUUGAGAUAGGAAUGUAUGAACAAGUGGGUAUGGAGGAUGAUUGCCACAAUAUCACCUCAAGGUACAGAAUCCUCAGGAAAAGAUUGGAGAAUUUGGGAUACAGGCAGACACUUCCAGUGGAUGCACUGUCACUUGUGGAGAGAUUAUUAGGUGACUUGCUUCAAACAACUGAAAGUCUGAGGCAUUUUAAGGCUAUAGCUGAGGAUAAGAUCGAGCUUGUGGGCCCCCAGGAGUUGACAGCUGAUCCCUAUAAGUGCGACAACGCAAAAUUAGUUCAAGAAUGCAACAAGCUGCACGCCGAUUUGGCAGAAGCUAAGGAAAAUCACCUGAAGCAAACCAAAGACCUGAAGAGGAAGAUCAAUCAUCUAGAGACGGAGUGCAGUGAUCUCCAGCUCGCGUCAUCCAGGAAUUUGAAGAGAAUAAAGGACCUGGAGGUUGAGUCAUCAAACAAAUCCAGGAGGAUUCAGGAGUUACUGGGAAAAUGCUGUAAACCAAUUGUGAGUAACGCGAGUCUUUCAGCGAGAAGAAAGCCAACAUUUCCUCUGAGAAAACCAUUGAUCGAAGGGGACGUGCUUCCCCAAGAGGCGCUCAAAGGGUCUGUGUCUCUGGGAAAUUUAAGUAGAGUGAAACCAGAGCUGGUGGAUCUGGUGGCCAUGGGGGACAGAAAAAUAGCAUCUCUGAGUCUUGAGGUGGCAAAACUCAAAGGAGAAUUGGGGCUCCAGUGUGACAAUGCCAACACCUUGAGGACACAGUUAGUUCUCAAGGGCAAGGAGAUUAACAGAUUGAGGAAGAUGUUGGAGGGGGGGAGACCUUAUUUGGCUGUCUCCAAAGAUUGCAGCUGUAGACAGGCUGAAGCCAAUUGCAUACAGUGUAAUUCCAGCAGAAAGAGCUCUCGAGGUGGUGAGGCUUGUUGGAAUGAGAUUAAGGUUUUGCAGCAGGUCAAGGGGAAUUUGGAGCAGCAGCUGAAGGAGGCCCUUGAGAAGCAGCACGAUGCAAUGUCCCAGGCCAUGAAACUGGCGGAGAGAAAUGAAGAAUUGGAGAAAGAGUUGAAGGAUAUUGAUCAUAUCGCUCUGGCUGUUGAGGCUGAUUGCAAUUCUACAGUUAAAGAGAAUAAUCGCAGAGUCAGUCAUAUCCAGGAAAAAUUGGAAAGUGCUCUGGCUAAGGUCAGCCAUCUGGAGAAUGACUUGUUGGUGGAGAAAAGGGCCUCCCAGGAACUCAGGGCUGAUCUAGAGGCCUGCAGGCUCGAGAAGAGGAGUCUGCAGAAGAUAUUGGAUUCCACUGCGGAGGAAAAGAAGAAAUUGACUGAUAGGAUUAAUGAAUUAACUUUGAUUGAAGAGACACUCAAUGCAGAGAUUGAAAGACUGUCUCGACUUAACGAAACACAGAAGCAUGAGCUUGUGCAAUUGGAGUGUGUGAAUGAAUCUCUGAAGAAGCAAAUGAGCAGUGAGAGUCCUCAGGACAUUAAUAACAGUAAUUCUAGGAGUUCGAAGGACAAAGGUGAUAAAAAUGAUAGAAAUCUUGGGAAAGGUGUUAAAAAAAAGAACGGUUCCAAGGUUCAGAGGAGAUCUCUUUCUCCUCCAGUUCAAGAGAAACGGAACUCUGGAUCGGAGUUGAUGCGAGAAUUGAUCCAGGAGAAAGAUGGAAAGAUAAUCGAACUCCAGAAGAUGGUCGAUCAGCUUCGAAAGGAGACUGAUUACUGCAAACAGGAGAUGGAUAGACUGAAAAAGGAUUCACGAUCUGACAAUGAGCUCUGGAGUCAAAUUUGCGAUCUCAAGCAUCAAUUGAACGAGAAGGAGAUACGGGUGACGGAACUCCAGAGGGAGAAAAGAGAGUUAUGCAGAGAGAAGUUUGAGUUGGAGUCGAGACUUCAAGGGUGCAGGAAUAGAUCGAGUCCUUGUAAAGUUUGUAAUCAGUGCAGAUCCGUAGGGCCGUGUGUUUGUUUAACAUUGCCACCACGACAGGAGAUUGGUGGCUCGCGGAUGUUAUGUUCCCGAUUAGAACGCGAAAGAGACACUGCACGCAGUGACGUCGAGCGUUUAAUUGAAGAAAGAGAUAUCCUCAGAGAGAGAUUGAAGAUGGCUACUGAAGCCCACACGUAUGAACAACGUCGCCUGAGAGAUAAUGGGCGAGAGUUGGAAAGCCGAUUGAAGGAGAUCGAGAGGGAGAGACAAGAGCUUUUGCUUGCACAGGGCUCGAGGCGAACAGCAAUUGCAGGAAUUGAAGAACAACUCGAAGAAGCCAGGGAAGAGCUCAGGAGAACGAAGCAGGAGCUGGUGAGCCAGAGAACUCAGUAUUUUCAAUUGAGGGCACUGCAAGAUCAAACGGAUCAAGCACUGGGUGACGUGCAGAGUCAGCUGGGUCAAUCAGAGGGUGAACUAUCGAAGGCCAUGGAACGCAAUAGAAGUUUAGAGCAGCAGCAGUUGCAGUUGGAUAAUCAGGUGAAGGAGCUCAAGCAGGAGAUCAAUACACUGCGAACUAACAUGGCACGAUUGGAUCAGGAGAAAGAUCAAUUACUGAUGGAGCUGGACAAUAAAACCGAGCGAAUAGCAGCCCUGGAACGUGAGAUAAUUUCAAAAGAGCAACAAACGAUGGGGACUGAGCAGCAAGUGCGUGAGGCCCAGCAUAAAUACCAGAUCUGCAUGGAUCAAAGUGCAGAGCAGGAACGUCAGUUGCGUUCAAUGCAGAUGGAGAUGGAGAACAAUCAGAGACAGCUAGCAGUAGCCUCAGCUGAUCGUGACAAUGCAGCUCAGGAGAAUCGUCGUCUCCAGGACGACUUGGCAGCCCUCACCUGCGAAAUUCGUACUCUCCAGCGAGAGCUCGAGACAUCUCGAGCUGAAUCAUACGAUUUAAAACGCCAACUCCAGACAUAUGUCAGCGAGGUGCGAAGAGCUGAGGAGUUGCUCAAUCGAAAAGAGAACGAGAGAACAGAAAUGUUGAAUCACUUCAGGAGCCUGAGUCUGGAGGCAACUGUCCUGGAGAAUAAUAAUCAGAGUCUCGAGUCCGAGGCGGCAGAGGCCAGAGGAGCUCUGCAAUCAGCUAGAGAUCGAAUUGUCGAUUUUGAACGUGAAUUAGCAGAUAAGGACUGUCUAAUUCGUGGAUACGAGACGCAAAUCACUGAAUUAACUCAAAAUAUCGCGAGUCUUGAGACUCAGGUGCGACAGCAGACUGAGCAGAGGGCACGAACUGAGGCUGACCUCAAUGCUGUGAGAGAUCUCUGUGUGAAGCUAGAUCAACAGAAGGAGAGUCUGAUGAAAGAGAUGGCGGACAGGAACGCAAUGAAGACACAAUAUGAGGCGCAAAUCUCGAGGCUCAGGGCCGAGCAGAAUAUUGUCCAGGAGCAGAUGAAUAGAGAUCAUCUGACUGUCGACAGGAUGGAGGCACUUCUUGAUCAGGCAAGGCAAGAGAGUCUCGAUUGCCAGACACAUAAUCAAGAACUCCAGAAUGAAAUGGCAAGGCUCAAGCAGAGAGUCUGCGAAUUACAGAAUAAAUUAUCUGCUGAAUCAGCGGAACUCCGUAGAUAUCAGAAUCAAGCAGCAGAGUACAGCAAACAAAUCAGUGAGCUUCGGACAGAAGUAACGAACGAGAGAUUCAAUCGUGCUAGAAAAGAGGAAGAGCACAGAAGACACUUUGAUGAGGGGAAAUCACCUCCAGGCGUCCAACCAGUUCGCUUCCACCAAUCGCCUAAUUCCCAAGAAAUGUCCUCAAGAUUCGCUCAAAGUCCAGUGCAACCUAAUUCUCGGGCACCACCGGUGACCCCGGAGUCACCAGAGAGUCACAGACUCCCCAGAGCCCCAGGAACUAUGUACAAAGAUUCAACUCCUUCGGAGGUAGACCAUGCAAUUGUCCAAUUAAGAGGUUUAAAGAACGGUGAAACCUCCCACCAGACGAUAUCAGUUCCAGGUUCAGGUACUUUGUGCGUUACCACGAGUCUCCAUGAAGAUGACGACAGAAAGCAGCUGAAGGUCAAGGUGUCAGACGUUGGAGAGGGAAACGAGAAUGCAGCACCUCCUGAGACACUUGGGGAUUCCCCUGGAGCAGAGCGAGGACGGGAGAGAUUUGGCGAGAUUCCAGAGGCGAGGAAACAGAAGACGAAGGGUAAAAAGGCCUGUGGCUGUGGGGUCGAUGAAAAUAAUCUACCCAAUUGUCCAGGAUCUGAAAAAUCCACGGAUUUUCCUCCUGAAGGCAAUUACUCGAUAAAAAAAAACGAGGAAACUGAAAAAAUCGCUAAAGCACCAGAUAAAUUGGAAAAAUCAAUAAAAAAAAAACGUGAAGAGGUGGAAAGGAGGGAACUAAAUUAUCAGGAUAAAAUUUUGCCUCAGGGUAAUGGUGAGAUAGAUCUGGGGGGACACGAGGGUGAGUUGGAUUUGGUACGAUUAUUGACGGAAGUGAAGGAACACACUCGAGACAUGAAGCACCAGAUGGAAAUGAUAAAUUCUGUGAUGAAGUCGCAGAGCCUCGACGAGACGAUUUAUCCGAGUUUACCUCAGCCGAAGAACAGGCAACCGCCAGUGGGUCUCCUUGAAGAUGUGGAGGAGGGAAUGUUUCAUCCACCGAGAAUGUCGACCCCGAAAAAAAGAAAGAUCGAUUUUAAUGAUAAUAUCGAGGUGAAACCUAGAGAUGAACUAAAGGAGGAAGAGGGUUCUGUCAUGAGAACCUCCACAAAGAAAAUAGUGUUUAAAAAAACGAGUCCAUCGUCUGGGGGCCAGGUUCGACAGGUGAAAAUCUCGAAAACUGUUGUGGAUGGGUUGAGCGAUAAAGGCCACAGGAGUAGAAUUCCCACACGAUUGAGAGAAAGCGCUUCUCCCAGGGCUGAGGAUAAUUCUCGUGACAGUCAUGAAUCUAGAGGUACAUCUGUUCGAACCAUCAUAUACUCUGGAUUUUCCUCCAGUUCUUCGUCAUCACAGGGUUCACCACGGGCUGGAAGAGAUCCUGUAGAUAUUCAAGACCCCAUGGUUUUCCAUUCAUUACCUGAUCACUCUUAUAACUCUGGAUCCAGUAAAUCGUACCGCGAUCUUCCCUCCAGCCCUAAGCAGAGGAGGUCUUAACAUAAUUGUGAAAAAUAUUCCUCAAAGUGUUCUUAUUGAAUGAGUAAAUAUUUAAAAAAUUGGGAUUGUAAUAAUUUUUGAGCCUAUUGUAAUAAAUUUUGGAGGACUCAUUUUAGUGAAAGAUUUGCUUAAUCGUUUCGACAGGGGAGAAUUGAAGUUCUAUUCGUUAAGUUAAUUUUCAUUUUUUAACCAUUUAUUACAUCCUUCACUGCAAUCCUUUACAGCCUCAUUUGUUCACUUAGUUCCUCAGUUGACUCGCUGUCAUAUUUAAAAUCUUUUCUUUGAAGUAAUCAUUGAAUAGGUUACGACGUAUUCAGUGUUCAAAUGUCCAACACUCGAAAUAACUAGUUAGUUACAAAUGAUAAAAAUAAAAAGCCUCUCGUUUUUCCACAAGUUUUUUUUUCAUUGCUCUUCCUUUUCCUAGACGUUCAGCUAAACUUAUUUUAUAUAUAUAAUAUUUAUAUAUAAAAUACAUGAUCGAGGCUCGUCAGGGAUCCGCUGUUUACACUUAGAUAUUAGCAAUUAGUGUUUUUUUUAAUUCAUUUUUUACCUUUUUAUUUCAAUUCUUAAACAUUAUUCAAAGGGCUGUGCCCUUGCAGCCUAUUGUAGGCGUAGCCUAUUUUAUCUCUUCCUAUCUUUGUUUUUUUUUUCAAUUUUUUUUUCUGCUUUAUUUUAAAUAAUUACAAAAAUCUUUUGUUUUUUCUUUAUCCUUGCAACUUCUACGGUUUUGUCAUUAAAGCCUAGUAUAAUACAGACACUUGAAUUAACAUAUUCAUUUAUUGAAUUUUUUUAAUCUUGUUUUUGUCAGCAAAAGGAGAAAAAAACAUUCGAAGAAAAUUAUC